GGUUUGACCACAGCAAUGCGCAUGUUGGAGCAACGCCCUCAAACGAGUGUACUCCUUCUUUAAGGCUUCCCCUAACCCAUCCCUGUAGACAUCCCUCAAACAUAUGCGCCCCAAUACAAGGGAGAUACUGACGCAUAUGCUUGAGGGAUUUCCACAGGGAUGAAUAGGGGAGAGCUCUAACUUCUGGAGAGCAGCGCGCACCGCAUCGGGGUUGCUGUCGCUGCAGGGCGCGGACCUGGGACCCGAAAAACCAAAAAAAAUCGGCUCCAAAAAGAAUAAUCGGCAGAGGCGUGUAGAGCAGGACGUGGAUCAGGAGAUGGAUGCUAAAGUAGUC